AUGGUUCAGCGCCGCCCCCUCCGGCGCCAGGACUAUACGGUAGGGUUGAUAUGUGCCCUAGACACGGAGCUAGCGGCGGUGCAGGAAAUGCUCGACGAGGAGCACGAAGACCUCGAGCAGGACGGACAUGACAACAACCUGUACUCGCUGGGGCGCAUCGGCGACCACAACGUGGUCAUCGUCUGCCUGCCCUCAGGCCUGAUGGGCAACAACCCGGCCGCUACGGUGGCGACGCAGAUGCGGUCGACGUUCAGAUCGGUCCGGUUCUGCAUGAUGGUUGGGGUCGGCGGCGGCGUCCCAAGCGGGGAGGCGGACAUCAGACUCGGAGACGUGGUCGUCAGCCAGCCACACCAGGGAUACGGAGGAGUCAUCCAGUACGACUUUGGCAAAGCGACGCCCAACGGCUUCCGGCGGACCGGCUUUCUCAACUCCUCGCCCCCGGUGCUGCUUGGUGCCGUGAACAAAGUGCGAGCAAACCACCUUCGUGGCAGAGGCCGGAUUUCGGAGCAUCUAGCACGGCUUGACAGCCUCCCGCACUUCCGCCGUGAAGCUGCCGGACCCGACAUACUCUUCGACGCCGCGUACAACCACCAAGGGGGGCCGUCGUGCCGGCUGUGCAAGUUGGACAGAAGGGUCGACAGGCCCCCACGCGGACACGACAAUCCUGUGGUUCACUACGGGACCAUUGCGUCGGCAAACCAAGUCAUGAGAGAUGCCGCGCAGAGGGACAUGAUCAGCGCAGAGUUUGGCAAUGUCUUGUGCUUCGAGAUGGAGGCAGCAGGCCUGAUGAUUGGCUUCCCUUGCCUUGUUGUCCGCGGCAUAUGCGACUACUCCGAUUCGCACAAGAACGAUCGUUGGCAGGCGUACGCGGCGGGCGCGGCAGCAGCAUACGCAAAGGAAGUCUUGUUGGUGAUCCCGAGGGCGGAAGUCGCCCAUUCCACUCCCACCAGCAUGAACGUGGAAUCGUCUGUGAACCCACCUCCUCCGCUGCGUACCGACCCCAGAUCUUCUACCCAGGGAUUUUCGCCCCGGUACCCCCCGGACACUACCAACCGACAUUUGACACCGGGCACGCCGCCAGAUCUGUGCAGUGGGGAAUUCUUUGCGUCCCCGGAAUCGCUCUGCAGAGCGAUUCAAAGAGACGACCUGGAAAGGGUCCAGGUGCUGCUUGCUUCCUGCGUCGACUCGGCGGAAAUGCUUCUGGCGCCAGUUGUAGCCACCGGUGAACCCUGGUACGUGAGCAGAUGGAGGGAGUACUGGGGAAUCCCGAGCCUCGAGAGGAGGACGACCGCCUUGCAUUGCGCGGUCGAGGCUGCCGGGAAUCACUCGCUUGCAAUAUUACGGGCGCUGUUGAGCGCGCUUCCGUGGCGGCUGAUCGACGCGGUUGGCUACGUCAGCCUUGUCGAUUCGAUAAACGCAAGCGAGCGAGCAAGGGGGAAAAUCAUGUUGGCGCCGGACAGCGUCGGAGGCCACAUGCAAACCUGCACCCCGUUGGCCUGGGCCGCGAUUCUGGGCAACGCCAUGGCCAUCAGAAUGCUGAAGGACGCCAGGGCCGACUUGAAUUCGCGCGCGAACUGGCUCAGAGUCACUCCCCUGAUGGCCCACUGUUUCCUGACUGUGGCCCCGUCCGCAGGCGAUGCGACUGGUUCGCUGCUCGGAGGCGGCGCUUUUCUUGAUCUGCAGGACGACUUGGGCAACACUGCACUUCAUCUGGCAUUGUUCGCUCGCAACUCGGACAUCGCCAUGGCGUUGCUUGAUGCGGGGGCUUCAGUUGUUCUGCCGAACCUCAACGGCUUCCGACAAUGCGACAUAGCUCGGACCAUUGAUGGUAUUCCGCAGCAAGUGCAACUAGCAAUUCGAUCAAGAACGCCGCUCUUUGCUCGUAGCUUUGGAUAUUAG